AUGGAUCGUAUCAUUACCAGUAAUCACAUCACAGUGAGCAAUCACAUCCGCAAGCGCUUCCAGGACCUUUUGCAAGGCAACAUUGGAUUGAUCAAUUUGAUGCGACUUGGCGGCGUUUUGGCAGCCCUGCUGGAGUCGAAGCGAUUGGCUGUGAACGACCUUGGGGGGGUGAGCAACCACGCCAAUCAGCCCUUGCCGCAACCAAGUCACAUCGUGCCCGCACACGUGAUGCAUCCUCCAGCGGUUACCAUACUCAACAUCCAGAGCUCGAAUGCAGUCAAUAAACUCUGUCCUUAA